AUGGCGUCCGAACAACAGAUGUCUGCAAUUAAGGGUGCAAAGGUGCUUAUGGUGGGCGCCGGCGGUAUUGGUUGCGAGCUUUUGAAGACCCUGGCGCUAUCAGGUUUCAACGAGAUUCAUAUCAUUGACUUGGACACAAUUGAAGUCAGCAACCUAAACAGACAGUUCUUGUUUCGACAAUCACAUGUCGGGCAGUCCAAAGCCAAAGUUGCUCGCGAUGCAGUGUUAAAUUUUAGGCCUCAGAUCAACAUUACACCAUACCAUGCGAAUGUCAAAGAUCCUGAAUUCAAUGUUGACUUCUUUAAGACAUUUACCGUUGUUUUGAAUGGGCUUGACAAUUUAGAUGCCAGACGGCAUGUGAACCGCCUUUGCUUGGCAGCUGGUGUUCCAUUGGUUGAAAGUGGAACCACUGGAUUUCUGGGACAGGUCACAGUUCAUGUGAAAGGUAAAACUGAAUGUUAUGAAUGCCAGCCUAAGCCAGCCCCAAAAACUUACCCAGUUUGUACCAUCACAAGCACUCCAUCAAAGUUCGUUCACUGCAUCGUAUGGGCGAAAGACCUGCUUUUUGCAAAACUACUUGGGCCUAAAAAUCAAGAAAAUGACUUGAAUGUGCGUUCUGGUGAGGCAUCAUCUGAACAAACUGAAGAUGUUUUUGAGAGGAAAAAUGAUGAAGACAUUGAGCAGUAUGGAAGGAGGAUAUUCAAUCAUGUAUUUGGUCACAAUAUUGAGUUAGCCUUGUCAAAUGAAGAUACAUGGAAAAACCGUAACAAACCAAGGCCUAUUUAUUACGAAGACGUAAUAACGAGCGAGCUUCCCCGGCAAAAUGGGAAUCAAACUAAAAGUUCAGUACCUGGAGAUACUUCAAGUAAUUCUGCUAUGUCAACUCUGGGUCUUAAAAACCCACAGGAUCUUUGGAGCUUAAAAGAAAACUCAGCUGUGUUUCUUGAGUCCCUGAAGUUAUUUUUUUCAGAACGGGAAAAGGAGAUUGGUAACUUGAGCUUUGACAAAGAUGAUCAAUUGGCUGUAGAAUUUGUUACUGCUGCAGCAAAUAUAAGAGCUUCUUCUUUUGGCAUCCCUUUGCAUAGUCUUUUUGAGGCCAAAGGUGUUGCUGGCAAUAUUGUACAUGCUGUUGCUACAACAAAUGCCAUAAUUGCUGGGUUGAUUGUGAUUGAAGCUAUUAAGGUGCUGCAAAAUGAUGCAAAAAAUUAUAGGAUGACUUAUUGCCUUGAACAUCCUUCGCGAAAGAUGCUUCUUAUGCCGGUGGAGCCAUUUGAACCAAACAAAUCCUGCUACGUCUGCUCCGAGACACCUUUGACCCUCGAGGUGAAUACACAUCGUUCAAAGUUGAGGGACCUUGUUGACAAGAUUGUGAAAGCAAAGCUUGGUAUGAAUUUGCCUUUGAUCAUGCAUGGUUCUGCCGCCCUUCUCUAUGAGGUUGGCGAUGAUCUUGAGGAAGAUGAGGUUGCCAACUAUGCAGCAAAUCUCGAAAAGGUACUCUCUGAGCUUCCUUCUUCAGUUAUUGGUGGAACCAUUCUUACUAUUGAGGAUCUUCAACAAGAACUGAAAUGUAGCAUCAACAUCAAGCACAGAGACGCAUUUGAUGAGGAAAAGGAACCCGAAGGUAUGAUCCUCUCCGGAUGGACUCCGAUUGUCGAGAAAAGCGUCGACACCACACCUAACAAUGGUGCCAGCACAUCCGGAGCAACUGAAUCCACCACAACCGACAUAGUAAACGAAGAUGAUGAAGAUUCGACAAUCAUGAUGACAUCAUCACAAGCUGGCAAAAAGAGAAAGAUAGACGAGUCUGAUGGUUCGUGUGUUUCGCCGGGUCCCACAAAGAUUAAAAGAAAAUCGGAUGGGGUUGAUGGUGAUGAUGAUGACGUUGUUAUGGUUGAGGAUGAUGUAGUAAUGGUUGAAGAAGCUUAG